AUGGCCGCACCAAAGUUCGAGGGAUGGCUCGGAAAGGACGAGGAGUCUGUCAAUGGCAAGAUGGAAUGGGGUGCCUUCGAGCCCAAGAAAUGGACAGAAGACGACGUCGACAUCGAGAUCUCCCACUGCGGCGUGUGCGGCUCUGACUUGCACACGCUCAAGUCCGGCUGGUUCCCAACUCCUUACCCCUGCGUCGUGGGCCAUGAGAUCGUCGGCACCGCUGUCCGGGUUGGUAAGAACGUUUCGCACGUCAAGAAAGGCGACCGCGUGGGCGUUGGUGCCCAGGCCAGGUCGUGCCUCAAGCCCGACUGCGCGGAGUGCUCCAGCAACCAUGAGAGCUACUGCGGCAACGAAUCAGUCAACACGUACGGCUCAGUCUACCCCAACGACGAGGGCAAGUCGUAUGGUGGCUAUGCCGAUUAUAACAGAACCAAUGGCCACUUCGUGAUUCCUAUCCCAGAUGGCCUCGACAGUGCUGAUGCUGCACCAAUGCUUUGUGGUGGUAUCACGGUCUACAGCCCUCUGAAAAACAACGGCUGCGGACCGGGCAAGACUGUUGGCGUGGUCGGCGUGGGCGGUCUGGGCCACUUCGCGGUCCUGUUCGCCAAGGCUCUCGGCGCUGACAAGGUUGUCGGCAUCAGCCGCAAAGCAGACAAGAAGGACGACGUGCUGAAGCUUGGGGCCGACGCCUACAUCGCCACCGCUGACGACAAGGACUGGGCGCCCAAGAACCGACGCUCGCUGGACCUCAUCAUCUCCACGGUCUCGAAUGCCAACAUGCCCUUGUCCGAGUACCUGGGUCUCCUCAAGGUCAAGGGCACCUUCAUUCAGGUCGGCGCCCCAGAUGGCGGCAACCUCCCACCCGUCAACGCGUUCACGCUCAUCGGCAAUGGAAUCAAGAUCGGCGGCAGUGCCAUCGGCAGCCCGAACGAUAUUACUGAGAUGCUCCAGCUUGCGGCAGACAAGAAGAUCAAGCCAUGGGUGCAGGCCAGGCCGCUGAAGGAGGCCAACCAGGUUGUAGUUGAUAUGGAGGCGGGUAAAGCGAGGUACAGGUAUGUGCUGGUCAAUGAGAACUUUGAGAAGCACUGA